AGGGAAAAGGGAAUAGAUCAUAUUAUAGCCGUUUAGGGUUCAUUCGAAGAGUUCAAAUUUCAAAUCGAUCGGAUGACGAAAUCCCCCUUUUCUCCGCCUCCUUCCGAUUAGAAGACGAAGACAGAAGAAGAGAGUUCGAGAGAGGGAGAGCCGCGAUGAACACUCCGGCGACGGCGUCCUCGAGGACCCGAUCUGCUACGACCUCCACCCGCGACCGCCGGGAUGCCCGCAGCGGUGGCGACAGCUGCUACUUCCCCGGCUGCCGGAAAGACACCAACUGCCACUGCGAGAUCUGCCUCGCUAGCAUCCACGCCACCCGCGAUCUCCUCCCCUCCGCGGUAUCCUCCCUCCACCAGUCCUCCCUCACCAAGCUGUUUGAUCCCCGGUCCAGUAAGGCAUCGCUGGCGCCGGUCCCUUACGGCGACGAAAGCCCUCCUUCCACCCGCGAGUCCGCCGAUUCCACCGUCACCCCUCCCUCUACGCCGCCACCCCGAUAUCCGGUUAAAUCUAGGGCCGUGGAGGAGAAAUCCGUCCAAAAGAAACAUUCUUGGCCCCUUUUCUCCUUCCCCGUAAAGGUUCUCGUCGGGUUUCUUUUACUGUGGGCGGCGGACUCGGGCUUCUCGGCGCUGCUGUCCAAAGAUUUCGGCCCCAAGCUGACGCCGGAUGUGGUUUCCCGAUUUGGCGAGGAAUGCCGAAUCCUCAGAAACGAUCUGAAGGGCAUGUUGGAGCUGCUGCAGAAAAGACUGGAAGGUGUACUAGAUGGGAAGGUUGCAAAUUGCAGUUCGAUCGAUUCCAAUUGGAAAAUGAAUCAGGAUGAUCAAUUCUUGCUCCAGUGGAGGUGUGUGCUGCACAAUUCGGUUGCAGAAAGAGUGAGCAUUUGGGGAAGUCCUUUGAAAACAACAGGCCUGCUUGCCACAGGUCCUUCUCCUCCAUCAUCCAUGACGCUAUUAUCCGGCAAGAUCAAAGAAUGGACAGACGGGAAUCUGCAAUCCACGACCAGAACGAGCAAUGGAAGCUCAUGGAUGUACAAGAGCUGCAGUUCGGCCGCGCUGCAUCUGAACGCCGAGACAUGGGUUUUACAGUACGAGCAGAGUGGCCUGUUUCAGUUGCGAGGACUGAUACCCAUGGCUUGGGAGGCGCUGAGGCUGAAAACACUGAAGAAAUUGAAAGGGCGAGUCUUUCGCAUGCUGAGGCAAUGCUGCAGUCUGGAACAGCAUCAAGUAGCAUUUCCAACAUAGGUAGAAAGUACAUGUUUGAUGAUCUCUAUCAAAUGUCAUGGUGGCUAGUGACUUGAAUUGAAAUGUAUGUAAUGCUGACGGUAGCCUAACUUGAAAGUAUUUCAAAGCGAAUUUCAAUGAAGGGAGCCAACAAGGAAAAAGGACCAUUUUAAAAAACCUUUAUUGAACAAUAAAGUGAUAUAAUAAUUCCCAUCCCAUUCUAGUCAGUUCCAAAAGCAUCAAAAGUUGGAUACAUGAGUUUCAUUUCAU